AUAGUUCUGAUGGCGGUAUAUAAGACUGGUUGAUUACUGUAACAAAAUAUACAACAUUUACGAUGAGUUCCUUCGCGUGGCUCGCUUGCUUCAUUGCCCUCUCCAACGUCGUCCUGAUCCAGGCCCAGUAUGGUGGCUCCCAAGGCUACCCUGGCUAUGGUGCCCCUCCGCCUUACCCCAUCAUAGUGAAGUCUGGCAACGAUGAUGACGGUAUGAAGCACAUAUUGCCGAUUCUUCUUCUCUUGCUAUGUGACAAUGGUGGUUUUGGCGGAUGUGGUGGUUGCGGCGGAUUUGGAGGCGGUUGCGGUGGUGGAUGUGGCGGCGGAUGCGGCAAUGGCGGAGGACAAAACAUUCCUAUCCCUUAUCCCAUCCCUAUCCCAAUCAACAGCCCUGUUAUCACUAAUAACUAAUUUCACAGAAUGUAUUUUCAUAUUUUUUUCUCAAUAUUUUUUACGUUAUACAAAAUUCACACUCGAAAUCACAAAUCUGUUAAAUUGUCGCUGUAAAUUCUGUUGUAUUCUCUUCCAUUACCCUUUUCGUUUUAUUUACAUGUUCCAUUUUGUUCGACUGUAUAUUUUGUGAAAUAUAUGUUUUACGUAAAUAAA